AUGGCGUGCCAAUUCAGUGAAGGAUGGAGUGGGACGCCCAUGUGGCAACUUGCCCAGGGCCGCGAAGAAACCAUGAGGAAGGAGAGAGAGGCAAGAGAAGCUCAAGCUGGAGACGUGCUUGAGAUUGAUAGUGAGGCAGCAGGUUUUCGAAGCGUCUUGUACGUAUCAAAGAUGGUGGGGGAUAAGUACGAGGACUCGAAGGUGCGGGGACCUCGACGGAAGACACGAGCACAAGCCAUCAAGGAUGGGCUUAGUUUGCGGAAUGCGUGCCGCGACGCCCCAAAGGAUGCAAAGCUCGAAGCAGCCCAGAGAAGGUCCGUGGAGCUGAGGUUCACGUUCUGGAAACCAGAGGAGCUUCCCAAAGAGGACUUUGACUUCGAAGAGCCGAUUGAGAAGCCGAUGAGGCUCCGCUUGGCAAGAAAGCCACGUGGAAAUGGUUGGCAGCGAGUGGGAGACAAGGAGUUCUUCAGGCACUGCAGUGCUCCGAUGGCUUUUGACCCCGUCAAGGGCCGCUACUUGAAAAUAGAUGCCGACACAAACUCGUAUGUCGAUUGUGAUGUUCCUCAUGACCCCAUCGAGUACUCUGUGUCAACGAGCGUGGGUGCUUCCUUGGUUGGACAGACCGACGAGGACCUGAAUGCCGCAGACCGACCUAGAUCCAUGAUCCUGAAGGAGUUGGUCAAGACCGGUGCGGCCAUGAAAACACCGCUGUUCUUCCUGGACCAGCCGGCGGCAUGUUUUGCAAUGUUUGAUGGGGUGCGCGGUGGAGCAGCUGUGGAAUGGUGCUCGAAGCAUUUUCACACCAAGCUCUUGCCACAACUCAGUGCAUCGAUCACCUACUGGCAUGAUGCGGACCUGAGGGGCCUCCUUCGGUCGAUUCUUGCAGAGCUAGAUGUCCAGCUUGUGCAACAGGCAGGGUGCUGCUGGGAAGGUGUUUCCAUCGCGGUAGCCCUGCUGCUGGGGGAUCGCCUUGUUGUGGCAAGUUUGGGUGGGACUCAUGCCUUGGUUGCUUCUCCGGACGGCCGGUGGCGGUCUCUGGAUGGAAGACACGUAGCAUCUUCGGCAGAAGAGCAACUUCGUAGCAAGGCGCUUGGGGCGGAGAUCAUCGGAGAAGAAAAGGGCAAAGGAGUCGUUGGUGCCCCUUUUGUCCGAAAGGCAGAAAGGUCAAGAGACUGGCAAGUCAUUGACGAUGCCACUGCAGAAGAGGAAGUGGGGAGAGUCCUGGAUCGGACAUCAGACUGCUUCGCUACUUUGGGUCUCGGACCCGAGGACAAGAUAGAUGGCAAGGCAGCCCGUUCUUGCUACAAGAAGUUGGCCCUAAAGGUGCAUCCGGACAAGGCCCCUGACGAAUUGAAGGCGAGAGCCAAAGCAGCCUUCGAGAAAGUAGAGAAAGCAGCGGCGGUUGUUGAAGCCUUCUGUGAAACAGAUAUGGAGGCAACAGAAUGCCUCCGUUCCAUUCUCCAUGCUGCUGGGUCCAGCGGAGCCUCCAUGUCGCGCGCCACAGCGCUUGGCGUUCUCAACGUCCCUGAAGAUUGCAGUCUUGAGGAGGCUGGACGGCAGGGCCGGGAGUUGAGAGAAACCAUCAUGAAGCUUGGCAUGUUGACCGAUGGCAACUACGGACAUCCCGACCAGGCGGCAGCAGUGCGAAUGAUAGAGGAGGCAGCUGAGGCGAUAGCAGAGCCUGCAACUCUAACAGCGAGCAAGGGAGGCAGCAGUUUCUCUUCCCUCAAGCCCGUUCAGGUCACUCGUGCACUUGGCCUGAGAGACUUGAAGCUGCCUAGAAAAGUUGUUUCGUCGGAGCCACAGAUAGACGUCGUCCAGCUCGAGACGCUCGGUUCGCACCACCUGGUGCUGCUUAGCUCGGGCGCAACUUCCCUGAGCGAUCAGGAGGUUAUCGAACGAAUCCGCGGCUUUUCAGGGCAGCCCAAGGCUGCGUCGCUGUUGGUAGCUGCCGAUGCAGCAGCCAAGAACGCUGCGCGCGAUCCUUGCGAGCUGAACUUGAGGCGUAGAUCGGUGACAGGUGUAGGCGUCGUGAAUGAAGACGGGCCAGGAUCUGAAGCAAAAGAUGGAUCCACAGGCCCAUUUGCGGUCCAAGGGUCGGGGGCUGAGGCUCUGGACUGGGCAGCUUCCGAUGAGCAGCAUUGGGUACUUUGGAUGUCCAUCUGCGUCUCAGCUCAUGGCUUCGGCGACAGAAAUGCAGACGUUGUGGCUUGGAUGGAAUCAGCAAAACUGGGCGUGCGCGUCGCGGCCUCGCAUUGGGAGGACUUCUGCUUGCACCGUGACAUCCCACAGGAAUGGUCCUCUACGAGGGAAGCCGCUGUUGAAUCUGCGAACAGCGUUGCAGAAGAGAGGUGGCCGGAUUGGGCGCAAAGGCUCGAGGAGCUGGCUUCCAUUGCAUCAGAGGUGGCGCGGACUGGCCAGGCCAUUGCCGUAAAGGAGAAGGAUACAUCCCUGCAUCGCAUGGCCACCCAGUUGGGCUUCUAUUGGUGGCAUGUGUCGAACGCGGACGCUUCACAAGCAGUUCGCUGUUUGUCGAGCGCCGCGCAAUCGUUCCAUGAAUCUCACUGGAGCUUUCCAGCCUGGCGGGGAGUCAAUUUGGGUGGUUUGCUACUACUAGAGCCUGGACCUGCAUCGCCUUUUUUUGAUGUUUGCCAGGCCAAAAUCUUGGAGAUUUCUGGUGGCCCCUUGCAGGAGCACGAGAACGUCGUCGCAUCAGGCACGAGGGAAAAUCCUCCCGGCCUGGGCGAUGAGUACUCCGUCUGUGCUGCUCUGCAAGCAGCCGGUGGAGAUCAGCUUCGGAGUGAGCUCUUUCAGAGGCACCGGUUGCAGCACUACACAGAAAAGACCUUUGCCGACAUCGCAGAAACGGGUUUGAAUGCAAUACGCAUCCCUUUUGGCCACUGGGUAGUACAAGGGCCAGGCGACGGAGAACCCUACGAAGGGCCCUGCCUGGAGAUCUUAGAUGGUUGCGUCCAGAUGGCCGAAGCGCAAGGUCUGCAAGUUCUCCUUGAUUUGCAUGGCAAUCCAGGAGGCGAAAGUGGAAGCAGACCAUGUGGAAGAGAGUCUUCCUUGUGGACUUGGGAAGAUUGGCGCCAGGAUGAGGCUGUAGAGGUUCUGCGCCUUCUUGCAGCACGAUAUGGUGACAAGUCCUGCGUGACCGGAAUACAGGUGUGCAAUGAGCCUUCCGAGAACAUUCCUGUCGACAGGCUUUGCGAUUUUUACGAGCGCGCCAUUGAGGCAGUUCGAUCAAGUGGCAUGGGGCCAGACAAGGUUGCAAUAGUGCUGCCAAUUUUCACCCAUUGGCGUUUGAAGCAGAUGAUGAGCUGUUGGCAUUCCCGAGGAAAUUGUCUCAGAUUUGAUAACGUUGCGUUUGACAUCCACUACUACCACGAUUUCUCUGCGAUCUGGAAGCUCUUGCCGCACUACCGCCAUGUGGAGGUCGUCGCGGAACAUGCCAGAGAGCUGAAGCUGCUGCCUGGCUCUGUGGUUGGCGAGUGGAGCCUGUCAAGGCCUGGGCAUUUCUCUGAUGAGGAGAAGGCAGACUUUGCAAACAAGCAGGUGGCAGCCUACAACCACUCGACUCAUGGAUGGUUUUUCUGGAAUUGGCAUGACCAUGCCUUCUACCCGGAUUGGGAUCUUGAAUCUGGAGUCUUCGGCACGGGAAAGCUGCGCUGUCCCUUAGGGCCGGAGGAGUUGAAGGCAAGGGCAAGGCACACCGUUGCCGACUUUGUGGCCACGUCUUAUGGGAUGGGCAAGCAAGCUGAAGGAGUUCUUUGGUUUAUAGUGGCUGUUGAGCGAAGGAGACGUGAAGAUGCAAGAAAGUCUCUGGUGCUUGUGCUGAAUGCAGGCUUGCUGGAAUUAGUUUUCGCGCGGUCUGUAGCAAGAUUGAUUAUUUCUUGUGGCUUGCGCGUGAAUGACUGCAUCGAGAAGUCGGACCUUAUUGACCGCGCUCGCGAAGCCAUCGCAAAGAAGGCACAUGGUGGAUGCUUGCAGCAGAACUGGACUAACGGGCGAGCACCAAAGCUCGAUGCAAAAAGCACUCAGCCGCCGAGCCACAAAUCCGGCAAGCACAUCAAGUCUUUCAAAAAGCGCACGCCGGCUUCUGGCAAUUCAAGAAAUUCGGGACUGAAGCUUAGCCUGCUUCCGCAAAGUCAGGCACAGGCAACGGCAGCACCAACACAAGUUCUACGAAGGCUGAUUCGCCACUUCGGCUGGUCCAGUGAUGCUUUUGUGGACAAGACGGCUCUGCUGCAGCGAGCGUUGCAAGCCCUCGCUCAGCCAAAGGCUCUGCCAAAGCCCCACAGGAUUCAGCAUCAGGGGCAUGCGGCGCAUGUGCUGACACCAAAGUUGCUGAAGAAGACCGCCGGGUCACUGCCACUACUUUUCGUGCUACACGGAGCUGGACGCACUAAGGCAAGUGUUGAGUCAUCUGUAUUGCAAUUCUCGAAGAUGUCAUCGCGCAACAAGAUACUCAUAGCCAUCCCCAUGUCGAUUGACCGCACCUGGGAUUUGAGACAAACAGCUACAACAGGGCAGGCAUCCGCAGACGCCGCCUUCAUCAGCUACAUCCUGGACUGCCUCAACCGUGAUUACUACAUUGAUUCUGGACGGAUUGCAGUCAUGGGUUUUUCAGAUGGUGGCUCUUACGCGAUCAGUCUAGCUGUAAAUAAUCCAGAAGUGUUCCAAGCAGCCAUGUCUUGGUCAGCUGGGUAUUACCUCGAAUCGCGCCACUCGGGCCAAGCUGCCCCAACCAGGUCCAAGCCAAACAUUCUGCAUGGACACGGUCAAGUGGACGAGCUCUUCGACUUUCAGAAGGUAGCUGUGCCAAUGCGCCAGUCGCUCAGAAGUUCGGGCCACCUGGUGACGCCGCACAAUGUGAGGUCCGCAGGCGCGGCUGUGCAUGGUGUGCCCUGCCAGGCCGAACGUGAGCUGAUGAGACUGAAGGCGGGGCAUGCCUUGUUGCUGAGCAUGGAGGGAGAUGGAAGGUUUCCAGCAAUGGCUCGCAAACAUUCGGAGUGCAAGUCCGCCCUGCAGCCUGGACAAAUGGCGGGAGACCUGGGCUGGAUAUCCAAAGGCAGCCUUGGAGAUCCGACCUUGGAAGAUGUUGUGCUGGCGCUCGAGGUGAAUGAGCUAAGCGAUUUGGUCACCACAGCGCGUGGUGUGCAUCUUGUGCAAAGAUAUGCAUGA